AUGUGGGAAACAGGGAAGGAAAAUCCCUUUACUUGUCAUGUUUAUGAAGAAAUCCCUUUCCUUACCAUGUUUAUAUCAACAUCAGUCACCUUUCAGAGGAUCCCUGAGAACUGGUACCUGGCCGAGUGCUGGCAUCUGCGCGCCACUGAAGCCAGGGAGCGCGGCUGCGCGGGGGGAAUGAGGAAUGCUGCCGCCGAACAGCUGCGCCGGGAGCCUGCCACAUCGCCAGCCCUGGCCACAGGAGCUGGCCAGUUCCUAAAGCAGCCACCAACAGAUGCAGUGUGGAGGAGCCAAGUCUCCUUCAUUGGUCCGAGUGUGUCAAUCCUGAUCUUUAAUACUUCUCGUCAGUGCUUUGUUGUGGUGAGGCAGUUCCGCCCAGCUGUUUACAUGUGUGAAGUAGAAAGGCAUCAUCCUCAAGCCUUUCAGCAUCAGGACAAGGAGAGCUUCUCUCGCCUAGAGGAUCCCUUACCUGCUGUGGUAGGAGUGACCUAUGAACUCUGUGCUGGCAUUGUAGACAAACCAGACCUUUCUUUAGAAGAAAUUGCAUGUGGCGAAGUCUUAGAAGAAUGUGGCUAUCGUGUUCCCGUCACAGACCUAAGGAGGAUCACUUCUUACAGGUCUGGAGUUGGUGUGACAGGCUCUAGGCAGACGUUGUUUUAUGCAGAAGUAACAGACCAGAUGAGAGCUGGUGAAGGAGGUGGCCAGCCUGAAGAGGGAGAGCUGAUUGAAGUUGUAGAAAUACCUUUAGAAGAUUCCAUGAAGUUUGCUUAUGAUGAGACUCUCCCCAAGACAAUGGGUGUCAUCUUCAGCUUCAUGUGGUUCCAAAACAACAUAGCACCCAAGCUACUGAAAAAAUAA